UGAACAAUUAAAACUAUUUACAGCUUCGAGACUCAUAGAUAUAUCAUGCAUUUAUACUUUUAUUUUUAUAUUUUUUCUCUGCUAUGUUAUUAUACAUAUGUAUUUUAAAUUUUUUAAGCCAAAGUACGACUCUGCCAAAUGGCAAGCAAAAAGUGUACAUGAUUUGGUUUUUUUUUUAAUUUUUGUUACUUCAUCGUCCAAACUAAGUAGAUAACUAAUGUUUAUAAGUGAAAGGAUAGAUUUCAUAAUUAUUUCGGACACAAUAAAAUUUUAAAUAAAAAUUAAACCAAACGAUGGUGCGAUCACUUACUCCUAUUUUUUCGUUCAGCUCACCGCUAUUGAAAGCUCCAGUUGGUUGUGGAAGUUGCAUGUAUUCGUUUGUGGGGAUCCGCCUGUAGUUGUGAUGACGCGUAUGUGCGUAGAUUUCCGAAUAUGUGAAAACGAAUUCUACUAGUUACAAUAUAAUUACGUACAUAUGCCAAAAAGAAUUGUGAUUUCAAAAUAAUUCGUGUGCUUACGUACUAAUUUAUUGUCGUCAACAUGACUGAGUCGGGAAUUGAUCUAGGCUUUGAUAUGGAGUUCGACGAUUUAAGUCUUAAUUUGCUAAACGACAACGACAAUAUGGAUCUACUACCAAAUGUUACUGUAGCAGGCAGUUCUGAGAAUGUGGAAUUUUAUGAAUUAAAAUCAUCAACGCGGUCUUUGCGAUCUGACGAAAUACCAACGUUUAAAACUGCAACUCCUACAUCGCGGACGCAGCUAAAACUACAAUUGCAACGUGAGCAACAGCAGCAGGAACAGCAGCAACAAAUGAUGGUGCAGCAACUGAUAUCACCAGAUCCAAAAAUGCAGCUUUUGUUUGGCAUGGGUCAGGGGUCGACUGAGUCGGAAUUCAUAAACAGCAACAGUACCAGCGCUUGUGGGAGCGGGUCAUCUAGCCUGGAACAGAUCUCUCAAUUUGUGCAAAGGGAUCGUUUACCUUCGUCAAGUCCAGUUAAGUUGAAAGUUCCCCUACAAAGUAUUGGUGUGGAUGUACCACCUCAAGUGCUUCAGGUCAGCACAGUGCUUGAGAAUCCGACUCGGUAUCACGUUAUACAGAAGCAAAAGAAUCAAGUGAGACAAUUUCUCAGCGAGUCGUUCAAGCCAUCUGUUUGGGGUUGUCAUAACACCGAUACGAAAGCCGCAAAUACCUCAGUGUCCACUGGAAAUCUACACAAUUCUUCUUUGGUCAACAGUUGCCCUCCAAUCGAGCGAUCAAAUAGUUAUAGAUGUGAAAUUACUUCCAGUGGCAAACGAACAAUGCAUUCUGAUGAAUCCAUGCAAAUAUCUCCUUUUGCAGCAAGUUUUUUAAGAACUGGAAACUGCAACGACCAUGUUUCAUCGAGAAGUAUUAACCCUCAAAGUUCAGAAGAAUCCACAGAAAUUGUAAAUAAAACACAAGGAUAUGUUAAGAGGAAUUCAAGUUUAAAUUCUUCUAUUACUACACGUACUGUAUCUGGAAUAAUUAAUACGAUGCCCACAUCCAGUACAACGAGUUCAUUGCACUCCAUUUCAGCACCCAUAUCCCCAAGUCUAAGCUCUGUAGCUACAAGUGCUUCAGAGAUACCAUCAUUUGACAGCGAUGCGGAAGAUCUCUUUGAUGAUAUACUACAAAACGACUCGUUUAAUUUUGAUAAAAAUUUCAACUCCGAGCUUUAUAUUAAACAGGAACCACACAGCUUGACGGAUGCUGAAAUAAAUGCUAUGGCAAAAGAUCGACAAAAAAAGGAUAACCACAAUAUGAUUGAGCGCAGACGACGCUUUAAUAUUAAUGACAGGAUCAAAGAACUGGGUACCCUUUUGCCAAAAGGUAGUGAUGCUUUUUACGAAGUCGUCCGUGAUAUUCGCCCUAACAAAGGAACAAUAUUAAAAUCAUCUGUGGAUUAUAUCAAAUGCCUAAAGCAUGAGGUUACUCGCCUGAGACAAAAUGAGUGCCGGCAGCGUCAGAUGGAAAUACAGAACCGCAAGCUUAUGUCUCGCAUUAGGGAGCUGGAAAUGCAGGCCAAGUCACAAGAUAUUACUUUAUCGGACUACCACGUAACAUCAGUAUCGGCACCCACCCCAGCAAACUUAUAUCUCAAAAGUUCAAGCCCUACUCCACCUGUUUCUCAAAGUCGUCGUUCACUUUUGGACGAAUUAAUAGUUGUUGAAAGAAAAAUACCAGUAAUAAAUACCAGCGAAGCCAGCAUGGGUAUGAAUCAGAUCGAUGAGCUCAUGGAAGACUGCAAACACCCGGUUCAAGGGGGCGAUCCGAUGUUGUCGUCUCAUAGUCACAUGCUAUCUUCUUCACAUUCGCCUACUGCUAAUCAGCUGAAUUGUACCAGCUAUGGACCAAAGAGCAGCUCGAAUGCAAAUUCUGGACUGUUUAACGAAACGCCCAGCAUCAACAUUUCAGAUGAUCUUACCAACUGCUGCAAUAUCGCUUGCAGCAAUUCAUGCUGUAUUCAUCGCCAGUUGCAGACACCUGAAGGCCACACAAAUAAUUGUCAUAUAAAUAGUCAGCAAAGCAACAUGGAGGCUGAUUCUGUUCAAAACACAGGGUUUGGUAGGCUUGGACAUUGCAAUGGUGAUCACGAUCCACUGUUUUCAUCAUCCCAACGUUCACAUGGUCCAUUGGACGAUGAUCAACAUCAUUCUGUUGGCUUGUCUGCUGCGAUGAUAAACGAUUCGCUUACUUCCUUAGUAGACGAAAGUCAAAGUGAACCUAUGAUUCUUACUUCUGAUACUUUGGAUAUUGACUUAUGAAUCAUCAACUUUUGCAAUACAUCAGUAGUCCAAAGUCUACAAAUUAGUAUUAUGCAGUAGGCGUGGCUGAAAUCAUCGCAAUCACACUAUAUAAAUUUGUUAUAUACACAUGUACAUAUUAAUUAUCCACAGUAUUGGAAAUCUAUAGAAAAGUUUGGAUAAAAAGAAAAUUAGAAAAAGGCUUGCUCAAUGAAUUAUAGUGAAAUUUUGACGUAAAUUUUUUGUCUUUUCGCACAAAAACUUAAUUAGUAUUUACUAAUAAUUUUAUUCAUAUGUCAAAAUGUCCAAAUAUGUUAUAAUACAUUUAACUUUCUGUGGACUGAUUGAAGUCUUAAAGCCAUAUGUAUGUUAUGUAUUUAACGAUUACUGGAAUUACUAAUGAUUACCAAUCCGUAGGACAAUGUCAAAAUCCUUCUUCCACAUUCACUUUGAUCUUAGUAGAAAACGAGUAUAUAAAUAUAUAUGCAUUGUUUCCCCAUAAUACAUUCCAAUUUUGUAAGCAAUUCUAAUUUUGUAAUAGAUUACUAUGUAGGAUAUGUAUGCAAUUAUUACGUAUCUAAGAUUUUCAGAAGAAAUUGUUUUUUAAUGUUUAAAUGAAAACUGUUGGGUGAGUAGCAGAAGAAAUGAAAGUCCUUGUGUUAUUAUUAUACGAAUAAUUAUUAUAUAUUUUAUAAUAAUACUGAGUACAAGAUAUGUACAACAAAUUUGUUAUAUUUAGUAUUUGAUGCUGUAUUUUUCUUGUUUAAUUGUUACACUUGUUGAUUUAUUUAAUUGAUAAAAGUUAAAAUUAAAUUGUGUUUUCUUGAAUACAUUCCAGCAGUGCUUCUCCACCCGUUCCAGCAAACUGGCUUAUAAAAAAAUAUUCCGGUUAUCAGUAUUACCAUAGGAUGUGACCUUGGCCCUCACUGACCACUGGUCAUAUCACAACAAAAUCCUGGAAAAGGAAUAGAGUAUAGAGUUCAAAUCGCCCAAGAUCCAACACCAAAUCAAGUUGUGGAGAAUUUGCGUGUCCGUAAAAUCGUACAAAUUAUCAUUCAAAAGGUAUCUGGACGCGGGGUCGCCUGAAACUAUUGUAAUGAAAGAAAUUGUAUUUUUAUUAUUUUGAACCCUAAUUGACUGGGAACAUUUACAAACAGCCAAAACAGGAAAUUCUGGGAGGCUGCAGUGUUAUAAAAGUUAUUCUAUAUAAGAAAACUAAGCAAAAUUAUAUUUUUCUCACAGACGCACAAUGAAGCCUUCGGGCAUUUCAGCAUGAAAAAUAUUCACUUCUGAACGAUUAAAGAUAUUUUCAUAGCAUAAAUUGUAUUUUUAUUUUAUCGUACAAUAUCUUGGAGCUUUCAAUGCGUUGCUAAAGUUGCACUUUGGUGUAGGAGCAUAUGUAUUUGCUCAAAGCUCAUUUUAAAACUCAGUUAAAAUUUUGUUGUUGAUCAAAGUAGUUUUAAAGUCAAGUUUUAAAGUAUAGGGGUAUAUUAGACUUAUGGUGAAAGUGUAUAGUGUAAAACCCAGAAGGAAGCGUUUCCGGCAUCAUAAAAUACACGUAUAUUCUUGAUCAGCAUCAAUAGCCUAGCCGAGCGAUAUAGCCUUGUCGGCCGUGUCCGUCUUGAUUGACGCCUAGUGCUCAGAGGCCAUAAGAGCUAGAAAAACUAUAUUUUGUAUCCAGACUCCUGUGAUAUCACACUGAAUUAAGUUUGUUUCAAGUGACGAAAAUCUGUAGCAUACACGAUUUUAAAGAUACGAGAAAAUCAAAAACUCAUAAUCAUAGAGAUUUACCAUAUAUUUGCAAACUGCAGAAUCUGAAUUAGAGCCGAUCAUUAUUAGACAUAAGUAUCAAAUGAAAUUUUAGUCACACACUCUUUCUAAUGCGCCAAAA